CAAAUUUUGUCAGUCAGUCUUUUGGUUUUCAGUUUGUGUCAAAUAAUUUAUAAUUUUCAACCAAUUAAGUAGAAAUCAAUAGAAACUAAGCCCUUCAAGAUGACUACCUCCAGUGAAGAUGUCUUGCUACAAGUUCCUCAAGUGAAAUAUAAAAAGGGUGACGGAACCCUUUUCCUAAUGGACUCAAGAUUAGCAUGGAUGGUUGAGAACAGGGAUACUGUAGCAGUUUCCCACCUGUACGCUGACAUAAAGACGCAAAAAAUUUCACCUGAGGGUAAAUCAAAGAUCCAAUUGCAAGUGGUUCUACACAGUGGAGUGUCCUCCACUUUCCAUUUCACCAAUCGAAAUGGUGCCCAGGCGCAGGCUCAAGACAGGGAUCGAGUGAAGGAGCUGCUACAGAAUCUAUUGCCAAAGUUUAAAAGGAAAGUCGAUAGGGAACUCGAGGAGAAGAAUAAACUGUUAUCCACAAAUCCAUCGUUGUUGCAACUGUAUAAAGAUCUAGUGAUGACGGAAGUCGUUUCUUCUGAAGAGUUUUGGGCGCAGCACGCAAGCCAAUAUACGCAGAAGAAAAAUGCACAGUCUCAGGAAAUCGGCGUUUCGGGUGCUUUCCUUGCUGACAUUAAGCCACAGACUGAUGGUUGUAAUGGUCUUAAGUAUAAUAUUACAGCAGACAUUAUUGAAUGUAUAUUCAAGACAUAUCCUGCUGUCAAAAAGAAAUAUGUCGAACAUGUUCCUGCCAAAUUGACUGAAUCUCAGUUUUGGACGAAGUUUUUCCAAUCGCAUUAUUUCCAUAGAGAUAGGAAGUAUGCUGAGAGUAAAGAUGUGUUCACUGAAUGUGGGAAAAUUGAUGAUCAAGAGAUGAAGAAGGACAUUCAGAAUGGCGUGGAUGAUCCGCUGGUUGAUAUCACUGAAUUUGAUGACAAAUUUAUCGAUGAAGGCUAUGGGACGCAAUUAGAGAAGUCCAACGUUGGUAAUGGCACAGUUAGUCAGGCUAUGAUUAAAAGGUUCAAUCAACACUCGAUUAUGGUGUUGAAAGCGACAAAGAGCAAACCUCCAGAAAAUAAUGUACCGCAGAAUGGUAUAGAGCCGAAGCAACAGGUCCUUCAUCCAAAUGGCGCUGUGCCUGCAACCCGCACGCUGGAAGAGAGCAAUAAUUUACAUAAAAGUAAAAAGCAACGUAUUCACGAGAAAAUCAGUUACGAUGAUUUAGAUACGAGUAUUGAUUGUAAACAAAAUUCGAUAGCUCAAUUAAACUUAUCAAAGGUCGAAAGAUAUUUGCAUGGUCCGAUGCCGGGUUCUGCUAUCGAACAUUUAUCACCGAACGAUGUGGCUGCUGCCUCUAGGAAUAUGCACCAGGAGCUGAAGCAGUGGCGAAGUCGUUUACCAACAAGUGCUCUUGUUAGUCCUGCAGCAGCCGUUGGUGCUUUGGGCGAAUUAUCUCCAGGAGGUGCUCUAAUGAGAGGCUUUCAAGAACAAUCACUGGCACAACUUGUACCGCCAGAUAUUGAAAAGGAAGUACGUAAUUUAUAUUUGGGUCUCUGCGAGUUGCUGAGUCACUUCUGGAAGUGUUUUCCUGCGACCUCACAAGCGAGCGAACAAAAAUUGGUAAAAAUGCACGAAGCGCUGCACAGAUUUCAUUCUGCCAAAAUAAAACCAUUCGAGGAUAAACUUAUCAGAGAAUUAUCACCAUUAUCACAUAAUUUAACGAAACAUCUGAACCAGCUACUGAACGCUGCCUACCAAAAAUUUAGCACCUGGCAAAAAAUGAAAAUGAACCAUCGGUAGCAGGAACACAGUUUUCCGAUUAGGUGUUUCUUUUCAAAUUAUAUAAUAAAAUUGAUAUUAUUGUAAU